GCUCCCCGGGACAAACCGCACCUAAACACUCGUCCUGAACAAAGUCUGCGAGCCAAUUGAGCCAUUGAUAGCCAUUCACGGCUAGUAUCUGAUAAUUGGAUCUGGUACUUGGCUGUUUUUGGAGAGCGAUACGUUUUCUUGCGGUUUCUGGUCAAGCGCAAACUGCUAGUCGUCGACCUCGAUAACUAUCUGCGAAUCUCGCAUUACAGAACGAGAGCUGUUGGCAGUCUUCUCGGCGAACUACCAGUUUGAACGCCAUAUGUUCUGACACCCGACCUUGAUAUUAUUUGUCUACCAAACAUUUGACGCUCUAGUACCAUUGCUGGUGUGGAUGAGGUGAUUUCAAGCGACAGUAAAGGACAUACAGCAAACUCGAAAGGAAAAUGAAGCUCACCACAUCUAGACUGCUGAUAUCAGCAGUCCUGAUGCGAGUAGCCUUCUUCUUUUACGGUGUCUACCAGGACGCGAAUGCCGAAAUUAGAUUCACUGACAUCGACUACUUUGUUUUCACCGACGCUUCCAAAUUCACAGCGCAAGGAGGCACUCCGUACGACAGAGACACUUAUCGAUACACGCCUAUCUUGGCAUGGCUACUGCUGCCUACGACGCAAUACUUUUGGUUCGGCAAGCUUCUUUUUGCUUUGGGGGAUAUAAUUGCCGGAUGGCUCAUGCUCAGAAUAUUCCAUCUCCGGGGUCUUGAAUACGACCAGGCGCUGAAGUUCGCUUCGGUGUGGCUGCUGAAUCCUAUGGUUGCUACUAUCAGUACCCGUGGAAGCUCAGAGGGCCUGCUCGGAGCUAUGGUUAUUGCUCUUCUUUGGGCAGUCUACGAGCAUAAGACGGUGGUUGCUGGAUUGCUAGCUGGAUAUGCUGUCCAUUUCAAGAUAUAUCCAAUCAUUUAUAUCCCUUCGAUUCUAUGGGCUAUGGACGAUAGCCCCAGACUGCUUGGGAAUGGUAUAUUGAAAUGGGUCAACAAAGAUCGAGUUAAAUUUGGUAUAGCCAGUCUGCUAUCUUUUUCGUUCCUCACCGGAGCCAUGUAUUAUAUAUACGGAGAGCCGUUCCUAGUCCACACUUAUUUACACCAUUUGUCGCGUUCAGACCAUCGCCAUAAUUUUUCUCCCUACAACAUUCUACUAUACAUAUCAUCAUCACCCAACGUUGAGAUAAAGUCUCCUUACCCCUCACUUGCAUUCGUCCCCCAGCUGUUCAUCGCCGGCGUGUUCCUUCCGUUCAUGCUGGCCAAGAAGGAUCUCGCAAAGACAAUGUUCGUGCAGACCUUUGCCUUUGUUACAUUUAACAAGGUCUGCACCAGCCAGUACUUUAUGUGGUACAUUGUCCUGCUGCCGUUUUACCUGCCGUCGUCGAAGAUGCUGAAGAACAAGAAACUCGGCAUUGUGGCCUUAAUAUUAUGGACCAUGGCUCAGGCGCUAUGGCUGCAGCAAGGAUUUGAGCUAGAGUACAAAAACGUCAGCACCUUCUUCCCAGGAAUCUUUGCCGCUACGUUGAUAUUUUUCUUGGUGAAUAUCUGGAUCCUUGGAGUCGCAGUUGAGGAUAUUUAGAGAAGUGCGUGUAAUAUGAGCGAGUGCUGGGUUCAAAAGGCUCGUGCCUAGAAGUUGUUAAUAUAGAAUGGAGGUAGGAUCGUAAAUUUGAAUAUAUGCACAUAGGCUUUCGUCUCACUGGGACAUUUGCGUUUCUGCGAACUUUGGCAU